AUGAAAGCGCCGGAGGGCAGUGAUGACGAUGAUGAUGACUUUGAAGAGGUGCCGGAGAAGGAGGGUUUUGAACCACACAUUCCAGACCAUCUACGGGAGGAGUACGGUGAGUUUGCUCAGCUGCAGAGCACCAGGGGCAGGUGCAUACACAACAGGGUCACAGUCAAACAAACAGCAAGAUAAUAAAGGGACAUCCCAGUAAGCUCUCACCCUCGCCUCAGGAUAUCACCGCACACACACAUCACCAAAUACUGAUUGGACUGGUUCAGAUAAACAUGAGGAAGGUGCCAAAGAAUGCCUCUAAAAGCUGGUUUGUUUGUAGAGUGAUUGUUUAAAGCCCAACGUGUGCAAUGUUGGUAAAGGUCAUAGGUUAGGCCUCAGAGUGUGUCUGACCUAAGAUGAGGCACGUUCCUGGCUGGUUUUAACUUCAGAUGUUCAAAAGUACUUCAGCAUUGAACUCAAUUAUCCAAACUGCUCGCUAAUGGUAAGUAACAUAAUUGCUCAUUUACCUGUGCAAAAUCCCCUUAUAUGAUUUAUGACCGUUGUUCUAUAAAAUGUCUUCCAUGGCUGACAGCAAACCGGUUUGUUCCAGUUCUAUAACCAGAAGAUCAUUUUCCCAGUCUGUGUGAUUGCUAAUGGUAUCAAUAUUGAUAUAUGGUUGCAAGGCUGUAACAAAACGGGCCAUGCACAAAGGUCAGAGGUUGUCUGUAAUGCAAGUGGAUUAUAACACCCUUGUCUCCAACUGACACUUUGUCAUAAAAGUUGACAAAGGGGCAAUCUGCAACUGCUACAUCAAUUUGUUUUACUUUCAAGUUAGUGAUAUACACCCAUUGAUUCUUGAAGAAUAUAACUUAGUUCAAUUGUCGUAUUCCAUCAGAACCCAAAAUAUAAGCUUGUCUUUUUUUUGUAAACAAUGCAAACACUGUAUAGCCUCAACAUGGAUGGUCAGUCCUUGCAUCCAAAGCUCUGUCUAUGGAUUUGAGGGGUUACAUUUCUCCAGCUCCAUCACUCAGCUAUUUGCCGCUUUGUUGUUGUUUGAACUGAAGAUUUCCCGUUUUAUACCAGCUGGCUAAAGAAGAUCAAAGUGAAUGGUUUCUGGACAUCUUGUUUCAAUAAACAUUAUAUGCUCAGAUUCAGCCUUAAAUUCAUGUUUUAGGUUCACAUUACAUUUUCCACCUAAUUCCUCGUCAUCACAUUUUCAAAUGAAACUGACCAUGAAUUAGAUUUGUUGUCUGAUUAGCCCUAAAACCGUCCUCCGCGUGUGUUGUCCAGUGAUUGCAUUAUUUAAUUUAAUGUUCUGAAAGUGAAUAGGAACCAGCCUACAAAAGUCUCCAGCAUGGCCGGGCAGGCUGCUUUGAAGAGUGAUCUAUGUAGUGAUUUGUAGAACCCAAGGAAAAUUAACAAUGCAAUGCUGUUAAUGAGCUCCUAUUAGCCCAGCGCUGUAAUUUACAACAUCCACCUGGUCUCAGUCUCUCUGUAGGGGGCUAGACCACAGGGAGCGGGGAGGGAGAUGGGAGGGAGAGAGCAUCCUCCCUAGUCUCUGUAGGGGGCUAGACCACAGGGACAGACAGGGAGAUGGGAGGGAGAGAGCAUGCUUCCUAGUCUCUGUAGGGGGCUAGACCACAGGGAGUGGGGAGGGAGAGAGCAUCCUCCCUAGCACAGCAAGGCUGAGGUGAACUCUCACACACACACUCAUAAGUUUCUUUGUGACUUACAUAAGGGAUAUCUCCUCAUUGAAUUGGAAGCAGUCCUGCUGUGGGUAAAUAAUUAUGAUUUGGUCCCAGAAUUAAUCUGGCAAAGUAGUAUUUUUAGUGGUACUAAAUGUGAUGUAUUUAGUACCCGUGUUUUGACUGGAUCUCCAUUGAUUUUGGCUUAAGGACUUUAACGGCACAUUGUAGAUGUUUCUCCUGGCUGCUUUAGAUGUUUUCUCAGAUACCUCAGGGAUGUGGUACACAUGAAACUAGUCCAAUGGAACAAGGCAAAAUAAAGAUUCAGUUUUAGGACAAAAAUAAUAUUUGCAGCCCUGGUGUAAUCAACAGUAAAAACAUACAAAAUAAAAUACUAUUUUAGAAAGAAAAAAAAGAAAGUAAAAUACAGAGAAUAGUUUGGUGAAUAUGCACUGUGUUUUCUCAAUUUCAUUUGAAUUUAUCAGACCAGUCUGUCAAAUACGUCAACCCCAAAACGUGACGUUGACCCUCUUACUCUCUCACUCCUCUUUCUCUCUCACACUUUCUCUCACUCCUCUUUCUCUCUCACUCUUCUUUCUCUCUCACUUUCUCUCUCACUACUCUUUCUCUCGCACUCCUCUUUCUCUCUCACUCCUUUCUCUCUCACUCCUCCUUCUCUCACACUUUCUCUCACCCCUCUCUCUCUCUCUCUCACACCUCUUUCUCUCUCACUCCUCUUUCUCUAUCCAUUCUCUCCACUGCUCUUUUAUCUAUCCCUUUAUCCCAGCAGUCCUGUCAGGACGUUAUCUCUUUCUCAAAUUUACAUUUUAAUUACAAGGCCUGCUGAACUCAGGAAAAUCAAUAUAGCCACCAUUGGCAGCACAGCGCCAUGUCUCCCUGCUGCUAGACCUCUCUAUUUGCUAUUAUUGAUUUAUCUCUUUAACACCUGCAACUUUAUUGCUUCAGACAAAUAGCUACCAUUUUGGUCAAUUUGAACAGAAAAAGAAAGGAUUUGGUAGUAUUUCACAAUUCCUCAGAUGGGGUUUUUGCACGGAACGAUGCAAAGGGAGAGGCUUACGCCAUGCAGAGAAUGGGCUCUCUGAGGAGGAAGGAGACGUGCCUCUGACCAACAUUACAUUCUCUUUUAUUCACCUUUUCUCCUUUUUCUCGUUGGGGGGAGGGGGGAAUUGUUUAGGUGUAUUAUUUUCACAAAUACAUUUGUGUAAUUAAUAAUGUUUAUUAAUUCCAAAGGAUUUUCUAAUGUAUCUGGUCUGUUACUAGGAGUGGAGAUGAAGAUGCGGUUAGAUGCUUACACACAUAGCUGUAAGGUAACUCCCACUUUGUCCUCUGUGAGGUAACAACUGCUUUUUAAACAUUUUUAAUUUAUUUGUUUUAAUAAGUUUAAGUUGUCCCAGUGUGGGGCUGGGGCAGGUGCGGCUUAGAGCGGAGCUGUGAUCUCUCUUCCAGCUUUAAGCUCAGUCUGACCCUCAUAGAGCCCCUCCCUGCCCACCCAGGAGGCUAACGCACCGCGGCAGAGCCACUCCUCCACUCCACUCUGCCCUGGCCUUCACUUCAUAACUGGCUUAGCAUCACCUACAGCAGGUGUGGGCAACAUCUCGAGGCUUCAGGGCCACAUGGGGAUUUAGAAAAUCAACGGAGGGCCACACAGAUGUUUUUAUGAUCAAUUUGUUCUUGGAGAGGCUGUGGAUGUUGACAAUAAAAGCGUGUUUAAAAGGACAGUCGUAUGUUUUCCAAGAGGCUAGGGAAAUAAAUAGCUGUCCCACAAGACUAUUUUAGCUGAGCAGUGAGCACACAGCACUAAAGCAGUAGAAUGUGUUUGAUAAAUCCGUACAUAUAAAAAGUAUUUGGAAGUCCUUGACGUAAUAUGUAAUGUAUGGACACACUACUCUGCUGGUUAUUCCAGGUUUGGAGCCAUCCCCAUCUACCUAUGUGGCCAGUAAGAAGCCAGUCCAGCCUCCAGUGAAGUGUCCUGCACCAGGAACCUCUCACACCUUCUCCAGACCCAGGAAGAGAGCCACGGACGAGGAGCAGGAUCCCACCUGUGCAGCCGCCACACUCCGCCUCUUCAAGCAACGCCUCCUACCCCAGGCACCUAGCACCAGGUGACCCCUCCCUGCUUUACUUCAUAACUCUUGAUGUUUAUUGCACUAUCCUGUUCUAUUUCAACUCCAUUGUAUCGUUCCACAUGAAUUGGGAUUUGGGACGGCUACUUUGGAAAUAUGUCUGUCACAACCAAAGAAAAGAACCACAGCCUCAACCACUUGUAAGUGCUGUUUUCCAUCUCUCUCUAGCUCUGCAGCAGGAGGUCAUGUGGACCCCACAGACCAGGCUAGUGACCCCAGUGAGGAGAGGGACAAAGCUCCAGUCAUCCCCUUUGGUCUGGACCUCUACUACUGGGGAGAGGAGCAACCCACUGCAGGCAAAAUCAUCAAGUACAUACAGACUCACAACUUCGUCAAUGACUAGCAUGUUUUAUUGAGAAUACAUUGAAAUGGUUCAACUACUGCACAGAACUUAACUUUUCAAGUUUUCAUUGGUGUUGAUAUGGCCACUAGAGAGCACUGUUGUAUGUUCAGAGGCACUGUAAAGCUGUUAUUAGAGAUAAACAGUGUUAUGAGUUAUGAAAAGAGACUCUCCCAUAAUACUUCCAACUAAAUUCUCAGCUAAUAGCUAUAACAUUGCUACAGAUUGAUAUUAAUAAAGAGCCGGUCAGUGUAAAUGGACAGUUCUUCACACCCCUCCCUCUAUCCUGGUGUCCAGGAAUAGCUCCCAGCACCAGUUCUGGGUUCCCAACGAGGUAGAGGAGGAGGUGGAGAAUAAGGAACUGGCUGCCCAGAUGAAGUCCAGGUACAUCACGUUCGCUGGUCGCUUCCAGCCCGUCAAGCACAGGUGCAAAGCCCCCAUGCACAACGGAGCCCUCUGUGAACGCCAGGACCGAGUCAAGGUGAGCGUUUAAGUUUUUGGUGAAAGUAUUACAACUGUCAUUGUAAUUUCUAUUUUUGUGUGUGUAUAUAUAUAUAUAUAUAUAUAUAUAUAUAUAUAUAUAUAUAUAUAUAUAUACAGUGGGGAGAACAAGUAUUUGAUACACUGCCGAUUUUGCAGGUUUUCCUACUUACAAAGCAUGUAGAGGUCUGUAAUUUUUUAUCAUAGGUACACUUCAACUGUGAGAGACGGAAUCUAAAACAAAAAUCCAGAAAAUCACAUUGUAUGAUUUUUAAGUAAUUAAUUUGCAUUUUAUUGCAUGACAUAAGUAUUUGAUACAUCAGAAAAGCAGAACUUAAUAUUUGGUACAGAAACCUUUUUUUGCAAUUACAGAGAUCAUACGUUUCCUGUAGGUCUUGACCAGGUUUGCACACACUGCAGCAGGGAUUUUGGCCCACUCCUCCAUACAGACCUUCUCAAGAUCCUUCAGGUUUCGGGGCUAUCGCUGGGCAAUACGGACUUUCAGCUCCCUCCAAAGAUUUUCUAUUGGGUUCAGGUCUGGAGACUGGCUAGGCCACUCCAGGACCUUGAGAUGCUUCUUACGGAGACAAUCCUUAGUUGCCCUGGCUUUUUGUUUCCGGUCGUUGUCAUGCUGGAAGACCCAGCCACGACCCAUCUUCAAUGCUCUUACUGAGGGAAGGAGGUUGUUGGCCAAGAUCUCGCAAUACAUGGCCCCAUCCAUCCUCCCCUCAAUAAGGUGCAGUCGUCCUGUCCCUUUUGCAGAAAAGCAUCCCCAAAAAAUGAUGUUUCCACCUCCAUGCUUCACGGUUGGGAUGGUGUUCUUGGGGUUGUACUCAUCCUUCUUCUUCCUCCAAACACGGCGAGUGGAGUUUAGACCAAAAAGCUCUAUUUUUGUCUCAUCAGACCACAUGACCUUCUCCUAUUCCUCCUCUGGAUCAUCCAGAUGGUCAUUGGCAAACUUCAGACGGGCCUGGACAUGCGCUGGCUUGAGCAGGGGGACCUUGUGUGCGCUGCAGGAUUUUAAUCCAUGACGGUGUAGUGUGUUACUAAUGGUUUUCUUUGAGACUGUGGUCCCAGCUCUCUUCAGGUCAUUGACCAGGUCCUGCCAUGUAGUUCUGGGCUGAUCCCUCACCUUCCUCAUGAUCAUUGAUGCCCCACGAGGUGAGAUCUUGCAUGGAGCACCAGACCGAGGGUGAUUGACCGUCAUCUUGAACUUCUUCCAUUUUCUAAUAAUUGCGCCAACAGUUGUUGCCUUCUCACCAAGCUGCUUGCCUAUUGUCCUGUAGCCCAUCCCAGCCUUGUGCAGGUCUACAAUUUUAUCCCUGAUGUCCUUACACAGCUCUCUGGUCUUGGCCAUUGUGGAGAGGUUGGAGUCUGUUUGAUUGAGUGUGUGGACAGGUCUCUUUUAUACAGGUAACGAGUUCAAACAGGUGCAGUUAAUACAGGUAAUGAGUGGAGAACAGGAGGGCUUUCUAAAGAAAAACUAACAGUUCUUUGAGAGCCGGAAUUCUUACUGGUUGGUAGGUAAUCAAAUACUUAUGUCAUGCAAUAAAAUGCAAAUUAAUUACUUAAAAAUCAUACAAUGUGAUUUUCUGGAUUUUUGUUUUAGAUUCCAUCUCUCACAGUUGAAGUGUACAUAUGAUAAAAAUUACAGACCUCUACAUGCUUUGUAAGUAGGAAAACCUGCAAAAUCGGCAGUGUAUCAAAUACUUGUUCUCCCCACUGUGUAUAUAUAUAUAUAUAUAUAUAUAUAUAUAUAUAUAUAUAUAUAUACAUACAUACAUAUACAUACAGUCGUGGUCAAAAGCUUUGAGAUUGACACAAGUAUUGGUCUUCACAAAGUAGAGAUAUUUUUAUCAGAUGUUACUAUGGUAUACUGAAGUAUAAUUACAAGCAUUCCAUAAGUGUCAAAGGCUUUUAUUGACAAUUACAUUAAGUUUAUGCAAAGAGUCAAUAUUUGCAGUGUUGACCCUUCUUUUUCAAGACCUCUGCAAUCCGCCCUGGCAUGCUGUCAAUUAACUUCUGGGCCACAUCCUGACUGACGGCAGCCCAUUCUUGCAUAAUCAAUGCUUUGAGUUUGUCAGAAUUUGUGGGUUUUUGUUUGUCCACCUGCCUCUUGAGGAUCGACCACAAGUUCUCAAUGGGAUUAAGGUCUGGGGAGUUUCCUGGCCAUGGACCCAAAAUUUCGAUGUUUUGUUCCCCGAGCCACUUAGUUAUCACUUUUGCCUUAUGGUAAGGUACUCCAUCAUGCUGGAAAAGGCAUUGGUCGUCACCAAACUGUUCUUGGAUGGUUGGGAGAAGUUGCUCUCGGAGGAUGUGUUGGUACCAUUCUUUAUUCAUGGCUGUGUUCUUAGGCAAAAUUGUGAGUGAGUCCACUCCCUUGGCUGAGAAGCAACCCCACACAUGAAUGGUCUCAGGAUGCUUUACUGUUGGCAUGACACAGGACUGAUGGUAGCGCUCACCUUGUCUUCUCCGGACAAGGUGUUUUCCGGAUGCCCCAAACAAUCGGAAAGGGGAUUCAUCAGAGAAAAUGACUUUACCCCAGUCCUCAGCAAUCCAAUCCCUGUACCUUUUGCAGAAUAUCAGUCUGUCCCUGAUGUUUUUCCUGGAGAGAAGUGGCUUCUUUGCUGCCCUUCUUGACACCAGGCCAUCCUCCAAAAGUCUUCGUCUCACUGUGCGUACAGAUGCACUCACACCUGCUUGUGCCAUUCCUGAGCAAGCUCUGCACUGGUGGUGCCCCGAUCCCGCAUCUGAAUCAACUUUAGGAGACGGUCCUGGCACUUGCUGGACUUUCUUGGGCGCCCUGACUCCUUCUUCACAACAAUUGAACCUCUCUCCUUGAAGUUCUUGAUGAUCCGAAAAAUGGUUGAUUUAGGUGCAAUCUUACUAGCAGCAAUAUCCUUGCCUGUGAAGCCCUUUUUGUGCAAAGCAAUGAUGACGGCACGUGUUUCCUUGCAGGUAACCAUGGUUAACAGAGGAAGAACAAUGAUUUCAAGCACCACCCUCCUUUUCAAAUCAAAUUUUAUUGGCCACAUGCGCCGAAUACAACAGGUGCAGACAUUACAGUGAAAUGCUUACUUACAGCCCUUAACCAACAGUGCAUUUAUUUUUAAUUAAAAAAAGUAAAAUAAAUCCACAACAAAAAAGUGUUGAGAAAAAAAGAGCAGAAGUACCAGGCGGUGAUGCAACCAGUCAGGAUGCUCUCGAUGGUGCAGCUGUAUAAUUUUUUGAGGAUCUGAGGACCCAUGCCAAAUCUUUUCAGUCUCCUGAGGGGGAAUAGGCUUUGUCGUGCCCUCUUCACGACUGUCUUGGUGUGUUUGGACCAUGAUAGUUUGUUGGUGAUGUGGACACCAAGGAACUUGAAGCUCUCAACCUGUUCCACUACAGCCCCGUCAAUGAGAAUGGGGACGUGCUCAGUCCUCUUUUUUUUCCUGUAGUCCACAAUCAUCUCCUUUGUCUUGGUCAGGUUGAGGGAGAGGUUGUUAUCCUGGCACCACACGGCCAGGUCUCUGACCUCCUCCCUAUAGGCUGUCUCAUCGUUGUCGGUGAUCAGGCCUACCACUGUUGUGUCGUCGGCAAACUUAAUGAUGGUGUUGGAGUCGUGCCUGGCCAUGCAGUCAUGGGUGAACAGGGAGUACAGGAGGGGACUGAGCACGCACCGCUGAGGGGCCCCUGUGUUGAGGAUCAGUGUGGCAGAUGUGUUGUUACCAACCCUUACCACCUGGGGGCGGCCCGUCAGGAAGUCCAGGAUCCAGUUGCAGAGGGAGGUGUUUAGUCCCAGGAUCCUUAGCUUAGUGAUGAGCUUUGAGGGCACUAUGGUGUUGAAUGCUGAGCUGUAGUCAAUGAAUAGCAUUCUCACGUAGGUGUUCCUCUUGUCCAGGUGGGAAAGGGCAGUGUGGAGUGCAAUAGAGAUUGCAUCAUCUGUGGAUCUGUUGGGGCGGUAUGCAAAGUGGAGUGGGUCUAGAGUUUCUGGGAUAAUGGUGUUGAUGUGAGCCAUGACCAGCCUUUCAAAGCACGUCAGUGCUACGGGUCGGUAGUCAUUUAGGCAGGUUAUCUUAGUGUCCUUGGGCACGGGGACUAUGGUGGUCUGCUUGAAACAUGUUGGUAUUACAGACUCAGUCAGGGACAUGUUGAAAAUGUCAGUGAAGACACUUGCCAGUUGGUCAGCACAUGCUCGGAGUACACGUCCUGGUAAUCCGUCUGGCUCUGCGGCCUUGUGAAUGUUGACCUGCUUAAAAGUCUUACUCACAUCGGCUACGGAGAGCGUGAUCACAUAGUCAUCUGGAACAGCUGGUGCUCUCAUGCAUGCUUCAGUGUUGCUUGCCUCGAAGCGAGCAUAGAAGUGGUUUAGCUCGUCUGAAAGUCUUGUGUCACUGGGCAGUUCGCGGCUGUGCUUCCCUUUGUAGUCUGUAAUAGUUUUCAAGCCCUGCCACAUCCGACGAGCGUCAGAGCCGGUGUAGUACGAUUCAAUCUUAGUCCUGUAUUGACUUUUAAAGCUUCCAGUCUGUUAUUCUAACUCAAUCAGCAUGACAGAGUGAUCUCCAGCCUUGUCCUCGUCAACACUCUCACCUGUGUUAACAAGAGAAUCACUGACAUGAUGGCAGCUGGUCCUUUUGUGGCAGGGCUGAAAUGCAGUGGAAUUUUUGGGGGGGGAUUAAGUUCAUUUUCAUGGCAAACAGGGACUUUGCAAUUAAUUGCAAUUCAUCUGAUCACUCUUCAUGACAUUCUGGAGUAUAUGCAAAUUUCCAUCAUCAAAACUGAGGCAGCAGACUUUGUGAAAAUUAGUAUUUGUGUCAUUCUCAAAACUUUUGACCACGAUUGUAUAUAUAAAUUAUAUUCUUUUUUUUGUAUAUAUUCUACAAAUAAUAAUUUUACACAUACAGGUAAGUGAAGCUUUGCAGUUAGGCAGAAUUAGAGUGAAAGUGACGUGUAGAGGAUCGUUGUUGUUGAUGUGGCCAGGAAUGUUGUCUGAUUCCCAUAGUGUCCUUUCCAUGGGCUGAUCAUCCCACGAGACGAGCUGGGAAAACCCACCAACCCAGAGGACGCUGUGCGGCUGGAGAAAGAGGAGUGGAAACGCAGAGAGAACCAGCCUGGUGAGGGACAUAGGAUGGGUCCUAUUAGAUACUUCAAUUCCAAAAAACUACAACUGAAAAAACCCUUUGUAUAAUUCUCUAGCUCACAGCGGUCAGUAAGAUGGCACUAAGCAAUAUGCAAAAAAAUCUGAUGGUGUUGAUAGGUUCCCUUUCAUAAAGGUCUUACUAAUAUCUGCCCUGUGCAGUAGCAGCUCUCUCUGGUCUAGUCUGUGGUAAAGAAGGAGAGAUAAUGGAAGCACUUCCUGCGUCUGACUCCUCCCUCAGAACUCUCCAUCACUCCCAGUCCCAGCCUCCCUCAGAACUGUCCAUCACUCCCAUCCCAUCACACAUUGACAGGAGUAAGACGGCACCAGAGUCAGGGAGCCAGGGGGACCACAGCACGGGGAUGAGGAGAAGAUGAAUUGAUGGAAUCACAGUCAUCAUCAAUACCCCUGAUAAUGUGCUGUGCUGCUGUGUCUGGCUCUGGGCUCUCUCUUUCUCUCUCCUGGAGGCUGCACUAAAAGCCAAUUAAGGGUGUGUUGGCUGCUGCCAGCGGGGCGUCGGAUGUGCUUUCUCUGCCUGCAGUCACUUGUUAACAAACAGGUAUCGGGGCCAGCUGACUCGGGCGGCCGCUGGCCACUGGCUUGUGAAAUAGCAUAUUUUGUAACUAACUACGCUAUUGAUCCCCCACUCCGUCAGCCCUGUAGACCCAUCCAGACACUGCCACACAGUAUGUCUUUGGCUCUAUGGCCACAGUGGCUCAGCUCAGUACAGCAGCAAGCCGGCCCGUCAGGCCACCCACCAGCCCACCCGCUCUAUAAGGACCUGCAGAGGUCCAUCAAUCCUCUCUGCCUGCCUGGUCACUCCACUCACUCUCAUAGGGGACUAUUGAUUUUUCCUCUUAACGCCCUCAUAGUUUCUUAGUGUGGCUCCACACGCUCAUAGGUUGUUUUGGAUUCUAUAUGAAGUAACCGAUGUCAGGGUCUCUGACUGUUGUCAGGCAGUAACAGAGAUAGACCCUGGCUUGUAGACAUUGCAGCACUUUUAUCUUUCGAUGCCAAUUCUAUCCUUAAUAUUAACUCCAUUGUCUAACCAUUCCAUACUCUCAAAAUAGGUUUGGCCAGGCUAUGAUAGAUGAUCAAGUUAACGCUGUUACAAUUGCAUGUUGAAGAUGUCUGAGAGAAACAGUUACGGUUCAUGAUCAGUCUUUGCACAUUAAGGUAUAAGUAGAUUUUAAUUAGAGUUCCCAAUUAUAGUCAUGACAAUUAGUUAAUUUGCCAUGUGGCUCACGAUGGCUCACACUGAAUUUAGCAAUAUAGUUAGCCAGAAUAUUUGAUUAAUGAUACUCCAGGCUUGUAUUGAGGAGUUAUUUCAACACAGUUAUUAUAGCAGCUAUUUCCCCACUCUAAAACCACUAGGUUAUCCCCUUGAAAUUACAUUUACAUCAGCGAAGUCGUUCAAAAAGCACAGUCUCAAACAGUGUAUGUUUUUUGUGUGAUUACGGUAGCGUAAGCGCAGGGUACCUCAACCGUCUGUAGGUCCAGGCCAGGGCUACUCCCGAGGCUCUGUCUGUGUGGAGUGUCAGUCCAGGCUCCCAACUGCCUGUGUGGUGGUGUGUGUGUGUGGUAUGGAGUGUCUGUGGUGGGUGGACGACCACAGCUGGAGUGGAUGCGAGGCUGUUGACAGAGAAAAGGCCCCUGCUGCAGGGGCUUCAGACAGCUUAACUUAAUAAGGGUUCUCCUUCUCCCAUCCUGGGGAUGGGAAUGAAAGCACACAAAAGGCAGGACUUAACCACAGAGGGAUCACAGGGCUCAUGUAAUAGGGGGCUUUCACCAUCCCUUCCCAGGGGAGACGAACACCCCCCCCCCCACCACACAAUUAAUUUGUAACUAAAAUUGGUGCCCCUUUUUUACAGGCUCUCACAUGUCGCUCUCAGGGGUGAUUGAGGUGAGCCCUAACGCGGGGGGGCAAAAUACCAAACAUUUUUUCAAUUAUUUUCUCGUUUGUUGUCGUUAUGAGGCUGAGUUGAUGGUGCAGUUAACCUAUUCCAUCAAGGUCAGACGUAGCUUUGGAGUGGACCAUCACAGCCAUGAUUAAUCCCUCAAACCAUCACCAUCCUCCUGUAGGACCUUGGAACACAUAGUGUCUGUUUGGGCCCUGGGCUGGCAGCAUGUCUCUGACGCAGCCUCUUAGAGCCUCAUCAGGUCUUCAACACUGUGUUGUCUGUAGGAGGCAUUUUAACAUUGACCUUUAUUUAAAACCAGAAUCCAGUAUUUCUAUUUGGUUGUCUUUUCAAUGUGUCCUGUAUUUCAAUGUUUGGACAUGCUCGUCUUCCGGUCCAUCCAAGUGUUGCAGUAAAUGGAUGUUCAUGUAAUGUUUAGGUCUGAGUGUCUACCGCCUGCAGACUACACACCAUGUUUAGGUCUGGUAAUGCUCCUUUCUUUGAUUGUUUAGACUGGCGGGACCCUGAGUUGAUGAGGGACAUAGAGCUUGCCACUGGGGAGGACCUGGGGUCCUCCAAAACCUUUGGGAAGGGCAAGAAAUGCAAGGGGAAGGGCAAGAAGAAGAAGUACCCCAACCUCAGUGAUCUGAAGAAGAGUGUCAACACUUCACGCUCCAGACUAGAGAGGAAGGUUUUCAACCCGUAAGUACUGCAACAAGUGUCUGUCUCGUGUCUUUAACACAGAUCAAGUAGUACCCCACAUCACAAGUCAUCCCCAACACAAUGGAUGCAUGACCUUACACUCACUAGACGGUGGGUGUUUAAUAGAUGUCAUGAUAGAUGUAUUAUUUAAAAAUAUGUACUGUAACCUUGUUGCACUUGGCUUCAUCGUCCCAUGCGUAACUCUUUACUUGUUCAUGUACUGUAUAGUUUCAAAUUCCCAUGUGCAUUUGAGAGGAUUAAUGAUUAUUCAAAACUCACCUUAACACUUACUGUAGGAUAACUGGUGUUCAUGAUAGGACGUAUCCAUUAUUAAACACCAGUCAUUCUAAACCUUUCCUACUUUCUUUUUCAGGAGCUCCAUGAGGCGAGUGACAGAUGUCAUGAAUAAAAUGGACAAAUUGAAACACGCAAAGUUUGCAAACCAAUUUAAUUAUGCACUGAAUUAACAGGAAGUUGAGGAGGCCAGUGGAUUUUGUGGCAGAAAUAUAAUCCUCAUCUACAUGUACUGGUAGAAAUGACUAUGGAAAUGUCUACUACAUUCACACGCACAUCUCAUUUCCAUGUAACAAGAUAAUGUUGAAUUACCUCACAUUUAUGCUUUCUAUUUUGUAAAAAAACAAAACAUGUUUUGAUAUGUUUUUAUGAAAUAAUUUGUCAAAUCAUGUUAUUUGUUGAUUUAUGUGUAACAUAAGGGAAAAUGCAGUGGCAAUCUUUGUCACCAGUUAGCUAUUUACACUUAAUGUAGUCUACCCUUGUAAUUUUCAAUGGCAGAACUCUCAGAACUCUUUUUACAGCUUUUUGCACUGUAACUAUUUUUCCAAUAUCUCUUUUCUAAUUAUCACAACCAUUGAGUGCUUAAUGUAUCAAUGCUAUUAUGUGGAAGUGGUAACCGAAAUUGAAACCGUUGUGGAUGACAGGCAGCUUUUAACCAAUGUUGCUCUUGACUCCCAUACAGUCCUGUGUCUGAGUUUGAAAGCACUGUAGGGGCUUAUAGAAACUUCUAUAGGUUGCCAAUAGCUGCUCUGCAUCAGCCCUCUCUGGAGUGAUAGAGAAAGACAGCCUAUUCACCUCACAUAAUAUCUUAUAUAUUUGCUUAUAAUAUUUUUUCUCUGAUAUGUAGUAGUAGUAUGUUGAUGAUAGUGAAUGUUCUUGUGUUGGAUUAGUGAAUGUUGAUUGCAAGGAGGGAUAUCUUCAGGCUCUGUUGUUGGGCUAUUUUGGUUCAGGCAGGCAGCAAUUGGGCAGGUGGGAGACAUUAAAAAGUGAAUGUUGAGCUUUGAUUGGUCAGGGUACUGUCUACUAGUCAUUGGGAGCACAUUAAGCUGAUUGGUUGCACAUAAGCUAUGGUUCUUUAAUAUUGAAACCGUAUUUUACAAACCCGGGAUAAAGGUUUACCUCAUUCAGUCCACUGUGCCAGCUGCUGAAGUAUUAUUUGAUGAGCCCCAACUUGAGCCUUUUUUUUCUAUUUGGGCUUGUCACAGCGAAUUUGCUUGCAUUAUUGUUUACAUAACAUCUGAAAAUCUACUUUAUAAAAAUGUUAAAAAUAAGAAUCCCCUUCUAGCUCCCUACAUCACUGGAAAGUUACCCAGGGAUUCAACAUGCGGCUGGAAUGUCAUAUUUUUAAUGACCGAGCGAGUGUCUGCUUGAGUCAUGCAUUUCAAAACAAGAAUUUCCUGGUAAAAUAAUCAUAAUAAUAACCUACAAAUUCAUAGAUAUUGUUUUACUCUUUUAGAUGUUUUGUUUAGCUUAUGCCUAC